CGCUGUUUACUUGAGAUUAUAAUAUAUAAUGAUUUUUUUUUAUAUAUUUUGGCAUUAAUUUGAAUAUUGUAAUAUGUAACAACCAGUUCCUUUGUAAAUGACCCACCACCAAAAGCUAACCGCGAUUAUUAAAAGAAAAAAAAUGAUAUAAAAUGACACGAACUCAAAUUAAUUUACAGAAACCCCUAAUUCUCUCUCUCUCCUCCUAAGGACACAUAUAACAUAAUAUCCCCAUCUAUAUAUAUAACAUAUAUUCAGACCCCACAAACUUCAAAAACCGAUCAUUGAAAGAAUUAAUCGAUAUUCAGAGAAUAACAACAGUUAGCAACUUUCUCUACUCUAAGUAGAGAGUAGAGUGAUAUAUAUAUAUAAACACACGAUGAGUAGCAAUGGAGGAAGUAGCGGAGGCAGCGGUGGUGGUGGGCCUUGUGGUGCGUGCAAGUUUCUGAGGCGGAAGUGCGUGAAGGGGUGCAUAUUCGCUCCGUACUUUGACUCGGAGCAAGGUACGGCUCACUUCGCUGCCGUACAUAAGGUGUUCGGAGCCAGCAACGCCUCCAAGUUGCUCCUCCGCAUUCCGCCGCAUAAACGCCGAGACGCCGUCGUUUCGCUCUGUUACGAGGCCCUUGCUCGGCUUCGAGAUCCUGUUUAUGGCUGUGUUUCUCACAUCUUCACUUUACAACACCAGGUAGUAAACUUGCAGGCAGAGUUGGCGUAUGUUCAGGCCAAGCUUUCGACCAUGCAACGCCUUCCCCCGACACAGCCUCAACCUCAGAACUUGUCACCAUCAUACAAUGACGUUGUUUUGAACUCUAACUUCUCAAUGUCAAUGCAAUUGGAUCCAUUUUAUCAUCCACAAUCCUCAAAUGAACAUACGAGCUUGAUCAUCAAUCCAGGUGAAGAUCAACCACUUUACGAUGAUGAUCUACAAGAGUUAGGACGACAGUUGGUUUCGCGGUGCUUCCCUGCUGGAGUUAAGUUUCGAUCUAACACUUCUCAUUAGAAAAUUUAGUUUCAAUCCACUUUUGGUGAUCAAAAAGUGUUCAAUUGUAGUUCUCGAAGUCGGAACUAAAAAUAUUGUACCUAGGGAUUUUAAGCUCUGAAUAUAGCAAAACCGUGCAAGGAGAACAACAAUUUUUUGCAGCCCUUUUUUUUCUUCAGAAGAAAGAUGUUUUGCAAGAAUUAAUGAUUGCUCAAAGCGUGCAAAA